CUAGAGAGAGAGGAGGGCAGAGACCCGGGGGUGGGGAGGACAGAGAUCAGGAGAAAGAACAAGAAACCCAGAGUUGGGUGAGGGCAAGUGGGACAGGGCUGGAAGCAGGGAUGGCAGAGCUCAGCGGGCCGUGAGGUCAGAGUGUCUGUGAGGUCGGCUGCUGCCCAGGCCAGCCCUAAGAGCCGGGUACCCAGACCAGGUGGGUGCAGGUAGACCAGGAGUCCCUUUCUGUCUCCAGCCUGAGCCAUGGAGACCUGGGAAGAACUGCCCCGCGUGUCCUUGGUGACCACAAAUUCCAAGGCCCCCCAGGCGAAGAUGUCGGUCCAGGACAGCUGCCUCAGCCUCAUCAAAUACUUCCUCUUCGUUUUCAACCUUUUCUUCUUCGUCCUAGGCAGCCUGAUUUUCUGCUUCGGCAUCUGGAUUCUCAUUGACAAGACCAGCUUCGUGUCCUUUGUGGGCCUGUCCUUUGGGCCCCUGCAGAUCUUAUCCAAGGCACUGGCCAUCUCAGGGAUCCUCACCAUGGGCCUCGCCCUCCUGGGCUGUGUGGGGGCCCUCAAGGAGCUCCGCUGCCUCCUGGGCCUGUAUUUUGGGUUGCUGCUGCUCCUGUUUGCCACGCAGAUCACACUGGGAAUCCUCAUCUCCACUCAGAGGAUCCUGCUGGAGCGGAAGGUGCAGGACAUGGUGCUGGAGACCAUCCGAAACUACCGCACCAACCCGGAGGAGACGGCGGCCGAGGAGAGCUGGGACUACGUGCAGUUCCAGCUGCGCUGCUGCGGCUGGAACUCUCCGCAGGACUGGUUCCAGAUCCAAAGCCUGAAAAGCAACGAGUCGGAGGCGCACCACGUGCCCUGCUCCUGCUUCAACUCGUCGUCGACCAACGACUCCGCGAUCUUCGAUAAAAUCUUCCCCCAGCGCAGUCGGCUCCCGCUGGCGCGGCCCAGACACACCACCGACCUCUGCGUGGUCCCCGUGAACCCGCACAUCUAUCACGAGGGCUGUGCGCGGAGCCUCCAGAAGUGGCUGCAUAACAACCUCAUCUCCAUAGUGGGCAUUUGUCUGGGCGUCGGUCUACUCGAGCUCGGCGUCAUGGCGCUCUCCAUCUUCCAGUGCCGGAACCUGGAUCACGUCUACGACCAGCUCUCUCGGUACCGCUAGGCCCCGCCCGCCCCCAAGCUCCGCCCGAACCUUUUCGGGGCCCCUGGGCACUCGCCUGCGGCCUGUAAAUAUUUGUUGAAAUCCCCGGUUCGCCCUCCGGGGCCUUGAGCCCUCCGCCUCCACGUUCCCCCAGGAACCCAGGUGUUGGCCUGCCCCCUGCAGCGCCUCUCCCUAGGGACGCGGGGCUUCCGGCCACCAGUUUCCUGUCCCCAAAGAUAACUCAUUUCCUUGCCUCCUCUGUUGGCCUACCACCUCCCUCAAGACUAUUUUAUGCCCAAACCCCAAAUAAAUUCCCUGAGUUUUGGUAAAA